AUGUCAAAGCCUGAUCGGGUUUUUGACGAUUGUUUUUGGACUUACGAGGGUGGCUUAAUUGCAUUUGUCUCCUACGACGAUAUGUGCAUCCUCUUGCUGGACCUGGAAACAAGCAAAACUUUUCCAGUGCCUUUUGACAUAGUCCACAGAGUGAUACGGAGAAUACGUCUUCAGCAUCGAUUACUUGUCAUCGAAUGGGCCGAGGCUGAUGCAUUCCAUUGGUUGAAUUCCCUGGAUAGUGUCCAUCGUCAUUUCGCUUCAUCAUUCGAUAUUUCUGCUGUAUCCCCAAGUGUUGGGUGGGACGUUACCUUUCGGAACGAGUGGAGGAUCAUGUUCCUUGGGCACCCCUUGAGCGAUCGGGAUAGAUUCUAUUCCUCACAUAAUGAAACUCAUUACGUUGUAUAUACUUGGCAACCCAACCGGAGUUUAUACACUGCCGACGAGGAUGCACCUAUCGAAUCCUUGUUUGUAUGGAACAUAUCAGAACCAUCGGAUUACAAACCGUCAGCAGAUCCUUCAAGCCUUCACAAACCCAGUUCCUCAUGCCCCUUUAUAGUGGCGAAGUUUAACUUUAGAGACUUGGAUUUUUACUCUGUUCGACAACGCGGAGCACCCAAAAUGAUAAGGUUGGACAUCAAUAGUGAAACUAAUGUACUGGACAUCACGGAAUGUACAGGUCCUGGUUGCGAAAUAGAUCCUAUCAAUACGUCUUCCUGCCCAUCUGCCCAAAUCACCAGCAUCCCUUUCCUCAGCUAUGGUCCAAGCUGGCGAAGGGCCCUCGAAUUUCCCAUUCCUCCAUACCGUGGCAAUACGAGCAUGUACAAUCGCCCCUUCCUCCGAGGAUCCUAUCUUUGGCCCGCAACUAUUUCCGAAGCCAUUGAUGAAGAGGCGCAAGUUUUUUUUAGUCUGCAAACUUCCAUCUCGAACCGCGAAGAUUGCAAGAGUACCCAACACCUACAGGUCAAAAUCCAGGCACCACACUCGGAUAACAGAUAUUCCGUACUUGAGCCCCGCUUAUUACACGAGAUUGCUUUCAAGGGGUUUAUUCAGGGAGAUGAGCGGAUUAUCAUUGGGGAAAAUGAUAUGCAGGAACUUGUUAUCUUACGCUUCGAUCGAUGA